AUGGAUAGAAUAUUUUAUAGAGCAUGCUCCUUUAGAGAUCCAAUAACAAACUAUCCGAUCUAUAUAUUCGACACCUCAUACUUACCAUCUCCGGAUACUAUAGACUAUGACGAUUUUAUCCCGGUGUUAAUGUCUCAUGUACCUACUAGACCAUAUGUGUGUAUAAUGUUUAGUUGCGGACUUAAUAAGAUUAGUUGGGUAUGGGGAAUUAAAUUUCUUAAAGCCUUCUUAGAUAAUGCUCAUAAUUUGAAUAACUUGAUUAAGAUCUUCCCGGUUCAUGAUAGCUGGUUUGUUAAAUCUAUAACUCAAAUUGUUCAUAAUUAUAAUUCCACCAAGAAGAACCUUGAUCAGAUUACUCGAUUGUUGGAUACAUUUUCCUUGGUAAACUCCAAAGAUGAAAGAAACACUCAUGUCAUAUAUUGUAAGAACUUAAGUGAACUAAGCCAUUAUUUAGAUAUUACCAGGUUGAAGAUUUCAUUGAGUGUUUAUAAACAUGAUUUAUUGUUAGAACCAAGUAUUCAAUUAUCAAUGAGGGUAAUACCAAUUAUAAAUCCACUCAUUAGGAUAGACAAAGAAACUCAUGAAGUAUUCCACCAUCAUCUUUACCAAAUCUUCAACAUCAUCCACCAAAAUGGUGACAAAGUUGAAUUAAUAUUUCAUAAACCAGGGAAUAAGGCUGCCACGGAAAUUCUAUAUCAAUGUAUACUAAGGAAUCAGUUAAUUUCCAUAAAUGAUUGGGACUUAUAUUGCAUCUCGACUGCUUUCAAAAAGAUAUUGAUGGAAUUACCGUUUCCUUUAAUACCAUUAGAGAGCAUUCAAUUACCCAUACGCGAUGACUACGAAUACACAUUAUGUGUACUUCAGAUGAUCAUAGUUCAUUUGCAGUCAAACCACGAAACCAAGAAUUAUGAUCAACUUCUCCUACAGUUAAUUGAUACUUUCCAUCAUUUUAUUUUGAAUAAUGAAAUAACCAAACAUACUUCAACUACAAUUUCCAGAUGUCUCUCACACUGUCUCAGUCAUGAACCAAUAUCCAACACAAAUAAGGAUCACAUAUUGAUAGUAAGUAGAUUCACGAAGAAUACAUUGGAGCAUUGGGAAAGUCUAAAGCCAAGAUUUACAUUUUGCAGUAUAAAUGAAUCCAUAGAGGGAGCACCAAUAGACCUUCGUUCACACCAGGAAAAAGAAUAUGAUACAUCCUACAGUAUGAACUAUGAUAUUUCUUUACAGAAAAACGAAGUUGAUAGAGUGAACAGCAACACUGCCAGUAUAUUGCCGUCGUCUAGAGAUACAAGCCCAGCGAACACUCUAGUGGACAAUUCUUCAAGUCUGACAUCCUCCACAUCAUCUGUCAGGACCCUAGUCCGGUCAAGCGAGACUUUAGCAGACACGAAGCUACAAACAGCCCAAACUAACAAUGUUCAAUUACAAUUUCCGCCACAAAAGUACAAGUUCUUACCACCCGUCAAGCAGGUCCAGGUCCAAAGGAAAGAGACAGAGCCGAAGGCAAAGAAACUACCACCAAUUCCAAUAAAGAAGCCGGUAAUCCGGGGAAGGAAAGUAAGCGAACUCGCAAAGCUAUUUGAAGAAAGAAGUCAAGCUAUAGAGAUCUUAAAUGGGAUGUAA